GGCGCUCGUCACGCGCUUCCGUCGCCGAGAGCCAGUGCGCCCGGGGCGGUUUCGACGACGACGUGUGCGUGCGCGUCGGCUCUUUUUCCGGAAGAAUUCAAUUUCUGCCUGACGACGACGAAAAUAGAUUUCCAUGGGAAAGGGCUGGGCGAGAGGGAGAGAGUGCCGAGGGUAGGAACGCGGUCGGUUUAUUGCGUGUCGUAAGGAACAGUGUCGUCCGUGAACAAAGGAUCCGGAGGCCGACCUGUGCUCCCUAAAUGUGUAGCCCUAUUGCGAGGAGAGAAAGAGAGAGAGAGAGAGAGAUUCUCGGCUUUCCGUCCGCCGCGUGUAAAACCGCCACGACGACGUCCUACCGAUCGAUUCUCUCUCACGCUGCCUUCGUCCUUCUCUCGUCCUACCCCAUCUCGUAUUCUCUCGUUUCUGCGUGGGGCUCCGCUAUCCUUUGGGUAAUCGCCCGUCUCGGUGAUGUCGUUCAGCGUUGAACACGAUUACGCGGUAAUGGGCACGCCGUUACCGCCGGACGGCAUCUUUUUGCACCCUCUGCGCGCUGAGAAUGCGGCGCGUGGCGGUCGUCGGGGAAGGAGAUAAACAGGGUGCAAAAAGUGCAGCCGAAAGCACGGAGCCAAUAAUAUCGCGGCAUCGGAAUCGAUGGCAUCGAUGCGCGCUGAAAAGCGCGCUCAAAAACGGACCACGGUUGCGCGUGUGGACUUUUAAUACGUCGUCCGUUUCGCGAAUCAAUUCUCGUCAUCGAUCACACGGACAUCGCGCACAUAGCACGCGAGCUUGGUGGACUUUUAAAUGCGACCCCGUGUGACAUUCGUCGGUUAACGCGGCGAAAACGCGUCGCGAAUCAAUCCCGGGGUUGUCGACGAUCGACGGUCUGUUCUUCUCCGGCUGAACCGACCGCGCUAAUUCGAGAGAGUUUCGCUGAAAUUUUCCCCAUCUUUUCCGCUCCGCAGGAGUUCGCACCCGAAUUUCGGCGUCCUCGGAUCGAAAUACUCGCCGACCCGGAUUGCGGAUAUACACGGUCCCAGGGUGCGCAGCCAUUUAUCGUUCCUACGGGGGCUCCAAAACUUUCGAUCCCGACAGACGGCGAUUAUUACUCCACCUUUUCGGAAUCGGAACUUCCCCGGUUUCCCCAUUCCCCCCGGAACGGUAAAUCGCUGCGACCCUAAGACAUAUACACGUGCAAUCGGGCUUGCGGUAAGUUAGAAGUUUAAAACAUUUAAAACCACUGCCCAUGGACGUUCGACCGAGUUCUUUACACACACACACACACACACGCGCGUACGAAGCGCCUCGCGCCUCGGUGUUUUCACGUAAAUUCCCUGAACCAGAGCCGGUCCAGCUGAAAGGAACAGAUCAUUGCCCCCUCUCCCCCUUUACCUGAACUAAUCCAAGAAAUUUAUGUACACGUUGAAAACGUACGUUGAGACGCGCGCGUGUGAGAUUCUUACGCUUCGCGAGUGUGUAAAUUUCUCAGGAAUCGUCGGCGGCCGAUUCAGCUGACAAGUGCGCGUCUGACGCGACGCGUGCGAAUAUACGUACGCGCGAUCUUUGAAGCCGCGAGCGUGACCACUCGGCCGAGCGGGGCGACGGAGAUGCUGACAUUGAACGCGAUCGGCGCAUUAUGCAUCACGAAUGAAAGCCGAAUAGUCGGGGGCAUGUGUGUGCGUGCGUGCAUCGACGAGCAGCGUUCUGACGAGGAGACACGGAAUACGCCUGAAACGCCCACAAUCCCGAGCCGGACGAUAACCGUCGAAUGCGUCGACCGCCGCGUUACGUCACCGUUAUCAGCGAGGAGAAGCCGACUGUUAAAUAGCCACACACAUCGGAAUUCACGGCGGCACGAGCGCCGUGAUGAGCCAAUGAGCUCGCUCGUUUGAACGCGGCUGUAUCGGCCGACGACGACACACGGCGGUCACGUUCAACGUCGCGUAUCCGCGUUGGAUCCUAACGUCUGAACUCGGAAUAAAAGAGGCUCUCACGCAGCCCGUGUAAUUCUCGGCCGAUGAGAUGUGACAUUGAAUGAGCGACGGACUCGUACGUAUCGCGUGUUACAAAUGAGCUCGGCCGACACGCGCGCUUUACCCGUGCGUUUAACGCUCUGAAUGUGGAGCGGCGGUGCUGCCGGAGAUCUCGGCUUGUCGUUUCCACGAGACCUAUCGACUAGGUAGUCGACGUGCGCCGGCGAUUACAGUUUUGACAACGACGUCUCCGUUCUCGUUCGAUCCGCUGCAGGUCAAUCGGAAAGCGGAAGCUACGCACACCGGCGGAGAGUCGAUCUCUCUCUCUCUCUCUUGCGCGCGCGCGGUCGAACGGGAAAACCGGGGAAGAGCCGUUGUCAUUUCGUUUAGUCCGGUACGGCCGAUCGAUAUUAAACUCUAACGCUGAUAAGGAGGGUAACGUCGCUCUCGUCCCGGCGAUUUCAAAUCAUUUUUCUUCGCGAGAAACACGCGAGGAAUCUCCCCAGCCGGAGGUUUGUUUUUAUUUACGACGCGGCCGAAACAGAUUUCGUGAAAAUGAAGGGCCGGACGAUGCGUUAUUUCUCUUCAACAAGGACGAUCUCCUAGGAAUGACACUAUGAAAGGAAAAGCACACGACCCGACCAUACAAGGUUUUGCGAAGCAGUAUCCUGGCUGUACGUUAUAUACCAGGAAAAAAUCGGGAGGAUCAACGGUAGUUGGAGGGUCGAGAUCGGGCCGUGGAAUUCUACUGAGGACCCUCGUGCUCGUCUUCCUGGCUACGUUCCUCUAUCUGCAACUUCACGUGACAUUUAGUUUAACGGGUCGAGAUGAUUCCGGGCAAUCCUCGUCGAAUGAGACCCUUUUCUCCCUCGUGCCUCAAGAGUUGCACAGAUUCCUGAAGGAGGGUCGUAAUUCAUCCACCAGCUUGACGAACGCGAGCUCCGGCGCGCUCACGGAAUUCGAGAUCACGGAAAUCCGGCGUAAGAUCGAGAGGGCAAAUGCGGAGCAGAAAGUGUACAAUGAAGAGGCGUUCGGCCCGUUGGCCAGCGACGCUCCUGUCAUAGUCAUCCAAGUGCACACGAGGCUGACUUAUCUCCGACAUCUGAUCGUAUCGUUGGCGCAGGCGAAGGACAUCGAGCAGGCUCUCCUUGUCUUCAGUCACGAUAUCUGGCACCCGGACAUCAACUACCUCGUACAGAGCGUCGACUUCUGCCGGGUCAUGCAGAUCUUUUAUCCGCACAGCAUACAGACCCAUCCGCACACGUUCCCCGGCGAGGGUCCCAAUGACUGUCCACGGAAUAUUCGUAAAGAACAGGCCUUAAAUUUAAAGUGCGCCAACGCGAAGCACCCGGACCUGUACGGCCACUACAGGGAAGCCAAGUUUACGCAGACGAAGCAUCACUGGUGGUGGAAGGCGAAUCGUGUGUUCGACCGGUUAUCGGUGACGAGGAACCACACCGGGAUGGUGUUGUUUCUCGAGGAGGACCACUACGUCGCCGAGGACUUCUUGCACGUGCUCCGACUGAUGGAACGCACCUGCAAGCUCAGCUGCGAGCGUUGCAACGUGCUGUCGUUGGGUACAUAUUUAAAGACGUACAACUAUUUUGCGGAUCUUACUCGCAAGUUCCUCGGCGUCGAUAGCGCUCUGCAGAAGGAGCUUCUGCGCGGAUUAAAGCGGCAGGAAGCGCCAGCAGCGACGACCCGGAGGCAGUUCGGCAACGACGACGUCACCGGUGCCGCCGGCAUCGCCGCUAACGGAAGUACCGGUGGAACCACGAGCGGUAUCACCACCGCUGCUGGUAGCAGAGGAGGCGGUAUCAGCGGCAACGUUAUCAGCGGCGGCGGUGUGUCUAGCUAUCAGAACGUGGCGAUGCAAACGGCGCCCGCAUGGGCCUUCCAACUGCUGCCCAGCCUCUACAACCACUAUCAGAAGGCGGAGGUGACGCCUUGGAUAUCCAGCAAGCAUAACAUGGGCAUGGCCUUCAGUCGCGUCACGUGGAACAAGCUGCGGAAGUGCGCGGCACAGUUCUGCUCGUACGACGACUACAACUGGGACUGGAGCCUCCAGUACAUCGCGCAGACCUGCCUGCCGCCCAGCCGGGGCGCCGGGAUAGCGCCUCGCGCCGAGUCCGGCUUGAUCACGAUGACGAUGAGAGCACCGAGAGUCUUCCAUAUCGGAGAAUGCGGCGUCCAUCAUAAGAAGAACAACUGCGAGUCGACGGCGGUGAUAGCGAAGGUGCAAAACGUUCUGAAGGCGGCGCGCAAUCACCUGUUCCCCUCGCAAUUGACGCUGACGAUCGCCGGCACCGCGAAGAAGACGAAACUCAGGAAGGGCAACGGCGGCUGGGGGGACGUGCGGGAUCACCAGCUUUGCUGGAACAUGACUGUACAUCCGGACUUGUUCCUGCCUUGAGGCUCGAUGCCUCCCGAAGUGUGUGAAUAACGACUGGUUCCUACGUGGUUCCUCGUACCGCGGAUUAAUCGUAUUGCCAGCGACUGAUUAACCGGUCGUCGAAAAAGAACAAAAAUGCCGACUGUCAGAGCCGGAUAUAUCUGUCGCGGGGAUAUUCGAGGAUAUACGGGUUUCUCCGAGGUAUUUAUUUACGAGGUUUUACACCGCAACAUACACACACACACACACAAGGAUGAAGGGAGAAUCUCCCACUUUUUCGAGUCGAAUGGAUUUCAAUCUGAGCGCGUCAUCGUGGCAACAUGAUGAUCUACCAUUGCGGCCGCGUUGUAGUCUAUUGUUAUCGUGAGAACGCUGUCACUGCCGCGAGGUUUUCGCCGGAAAUAGCAGUAAUCGUAGAUGUUUCGUCGAGAUAAAAAUGUAAUAUCACGCACGAGACGCGGAGGCGAAAGAAGAGGAAGAAGAAGAAGAGGAAGAAGAAGAAGGGGAAGAAGAAGAUACCGAGCGAUUGAGUGAGGCGGUGAGCGUCUCGAACCCGGUGCUAUCCUGAGAAAACAGUUUACGAUGCAUUUAGUUCACUUGUCGCUCUGAGCCACGCCGCUGUGCGUGUCCAUCGUGACGGCGCGAAGCGGACGGUGAAAACGUAGGGGACGCGUGUAAGCGAAAAUUCGCGAAAGACGGUUCUCGGGCGAAGAUGAAGCGAUUUGAUUAGUCGAUCCGUCGAAGCAUGUAGUAACGUUAUUAUUACUAACGAGGUUUCAGAAGAGACCUCGAGAUGAAGAAGAAGAAGCACAAGAGUUUUACUUAUCCGAAGCGUCGUGCUGUCCACAAAAGAAUAACGUGAUAACGAAAACAUUGCUGAUGAGAGACAUCGUUUCCUCGUCCUCGCUGUGCGUCUCUCAAAUACGAGUGAGAGAACACGGUAAUAGACGAGUACUUGGUCUAACUCGAUGUAUUGUCAACGUUCCAAGGGCCUACGGCGAGACGGAGAGGCGGCGCGUCAGCGUGUCCAUCCGAUUUCCAGUUCUCAUGCGGAAACGCGUGUCGCGGAGUAACGGAAGUGUAAACGCGAAAACGCGAUGCGUAUAUUAUAGACGAAAGCAAGAAGGCUGCUGCACCCUCUGUACUUGGUAAUUUCAGGAUGGAAUUAACGUUUCCGCGCUCCCCCC